AUGUCUGAGGUGAGAGCGAAGCUGCUAGAGAUUGAGCACAAGCAGAGACGUUUCAGACAACAGCAGUUUAUCUUCAUCACUGCACUGGAGCGGUCACGUGAACACGCCCGAGAAAGAACAGAACCCGUCUCAACUGUGGCUCAGGUUCACAAAUACAUGAGCCAUCACUGCAGCAACGCAACAGACAGACGCAUUUUCUCCCUUUUCCUGGAAAUCGUCACAGAUCUCAGAAACACCCUGAAGCUUUUGGAGUCUUCAGGGUCCAACCAAAGCUCCCCGAACGAAGAUCUGGAGGCUUGCAGGAGGCUCUUGAGCCCUGGCUAUGACAUCAGAAGAUUAAGAGCACAUUACCCACACGACGAGGUGAACCGGCUAAGCUGUGUGGAGGCCAGGCAUUACUAUGGGGGCGUGGUUAGCCUCAUUCCGACGGCUCUUGAUUCGCUCAAACUGGCCGGCGCCUCCAGCUACAGCAGGGGCAGUGCCAACAGAGCUCUCACCCCUGCUGCCGUGGCAACUGAAACCCCUCCCCCACAGCUGGUGACCAGGGGCAAAGGAAGCAUGUCAGCAGACCAGGCUAAGCAACCCGCUCACAAGGUCAACCAAUCAAGGAACAUUCUGUCGACCCGUAUAGGAGUCUGGAGAGCAACUAAACCAGCGUGGAGACCGCCAGGCCGGACUAGGAUAUGA